AAUGGAUAUGGUGGGUGUGGAGAAUAUCCUAAGCUCUAGAAGAAGAAGCAAAUUUCCCUUGUUCUUCUUCUUGAAAGAAAAACAAUAAAAGAAUAACAAGAAGAAGAUCAAACAUAGAAAACCAGAAAAGUGAAAAAGAAGGGGAGACAAGUCCGCAGCCUGCAAACCAGCCAUUAUGGGUAGCGUUAUGUUGUUCAAGGUGGCAGCUAUAUUUUUGCUGGGCCUUUUGGCUGGUGGGGUUUUGGUGGCAAGGGCUGAAGACCCUUAUUUAUACUACGAUUGGAACAUCACCUAUGGGACAAUCUCCCCCUUGGGUGUCCCCCAGCAAGGCAUCCUCAUCAACGGUCAAUUCCCCGGACCUAAGAUCAAUUGCACCUCCAAUAACAACAUCGUGGUCAAUGUGUUCAACAACCUCGAUGAGCCUUUCCUCCUCUCAUGGUACGGCAUCCAACAGAGAAAGAACUCUUGGCAAGAUGGUACCCUCGGAACCAUGUGCUCAAUCCAGCCCGGAACAAACUUUACAUAUCAUUUCCAGGUUAAGGACCAAAUCGGAAGCUACUACUAUUUCCCAACGACAGCCUUGCAUAGGGCAGCUGGAGGCUUUGGUGGCCUACAAAUCUAUAGUCGCGAUCUCAUCCCUGUUCCCUUUGACUCUCCAGCUGACGAUUUCAGCAUUUUGAUGGGAGAUUGGUACAACAAGGGUCACAAAUCUCUUAAGAAGCUCUUGGAUAGCGGUCGUUCCCUUGGCAGGCCUGAUGGAAUCCAGAUCAAUGGCAAGUCUAGCAAGGUUGGCGACAGCAAAAGCAACGAGCCCUUGUUCACAAUGGAGGCCGGCAAAACCUAUAGGUACAGGGUAUGCAACAUCGGGAUGAAGACCUCCCUUAACUUCAGGAUCCAAGGCCACUCCUUGAAGCUGGUGGAGUUGGAGGGUUCUCACACUGUCCAAAACGUGUAUGAUGCCCUUGACUUGCACGUCGGUCAGUGCAUGUCGGUGCUGGUCACUGCCAACCAAGACCCCAAGGACUACUACUUUGUGGUGUCUAGCAGGUUCACCAAGAAGCCGCUCACUUCAGUUGGCGUCAUCCGCUAUGCCAACGGCAAGGGGGCAGCCUCUAUUGAGCUCCCGUCACCCCCACCAGAGACCUCUGUUGGAAUUGCUUGGUCUAUCAACCAGUUCCGCUCAUUCCGCUGGAACCUUACUGCCAGCGCUGCACGCCCCAACCCUCAGGGCUCCUACCACUACGGCCAGAUCAACAUCACUCGCACCAUCAAGCUCGUCAACUCGAGGGUCCAAGUGGACGGAAAGCUUCGUUUUGCAAUCAACGGUGUCUCCCACAUUGACUCCCUUACCACCCCGCUUAAGCUGGCUGAGUACUACGGAGUCCAGGAUAAGGUACCGUUCAAGUAUGACGUGAUGGAAGACGAGCCUAAAGAAGGUGCAAAUGCCAAGGUUGUGGUGGCUCCAAACGUCAUUAACGGGACCUUUCGUAACUUUGUGGAGAUAAUCCUAGAGAAUAGGGAGAAAACGAUUCAAACAUGGCACUUGGACGGGUAUUCCUUCUUUGCAGUGGCGAUUGAGCCAGGUAAGUGGAGCCCAGAGAAGAGGAAGAACUACAACCUGAUGGAUGCAGUGAGCAGGCACAACAUCCAAGUGUACCCGGGAUCGUGGGCAGCAAUCAUGACAACAUUAGACAACGCGGGGAUGUGGAACCUAAGGUCAGAGAUGUUUGAGAGAUCAUACUUGGGACAACAGCUCUACGUCAGCGUCCUCUCUCCAGCACGAUCUCUUAGGGAUGAAUACAACCUCCCGGACAACACUCAGCUCUGUGGCUUUGUCAAGGCCUUGCCCAAGCCCGCUCCUUACACCAUAUAAAUAUCUGAAACGCACACACCUCCCCGCUCCCAACAAUGCAUUGUGUUGUCAAGAUUGGGAGAUCAUAGCAGUCAUCAGAAAAAAAAAAAAACAAGACAGUCAAAUAUCAAUCGAAGCCAACAAAAUCAAUGCCAUUGCAGUAUUUAACAUACAUCAAGACAAGAGAAAGAAACAUUGAGAAAGAGAGAGAGGGUGGGGUGUUGAACACAAGGGGUUGAACAACCCAACUUGGCUGAUAAUGCCUUGUCAACCUUACGGAACUUUUGUCUUUUAACUUUAUUUGGCUACCUUUAUAUUUGUUUUUAUCUACGCUUUCAUCCAUUUUGUGGUUGGGUACAUUUAUUUGUUGUCUCCUUUCCCCACGUUUUUCCAUUUAUUAAUAGAGUUCAGGCUUUAUAAUCGGUUCCCAAA